AACACUCAUCUUGAAACCACCUCUCGCUCUCCCGCGUCUGCGGCAAAUGGCGCCCCGCCCACCUACCGACAAUGCCCAGAAGCUGCGCGAGCAGCUCUCAGGAAUCUUCGAUCAAGUUCAGACGUCGCUGGCGAAUCACCGGAAGAAUUACGUCGCGCUGCACAAAAUCCAUUCUAAAGCGGAGCAAGGGGAUUUCGUAGAGGUGUUUUUGGAAUGCGUCAGUCGGAUAAUGAGUUUGAAGAAGGGUCCUGCGGUGGAUAGGGUAGGGAAGUUUAUUGGCGGAUAUGUCAAGUUUGUCAACGAGAAAGUGAACGAGGAAAAGGAGAAACUCCUUGCCGAUAAGAACAGGUCUAUAUCAGCCGGUGGAAACGACGAUGCGGAUGAGGAUAGUCUCGCGUCUGUGUUCGUUGCUGCGAUCUUGGAAUGGAUCAUGCAAGGUUUCGUGGCAAAGAACAAAGUCGUGCGAUAUCAGGCGGUGCAUCUAGUUGCGGAAAUGAUCGCGUUUCUGGGAGAGAUUGACGAAGAAAGUUACCUGUCCCUACGCUCGAACCUCGUCGACCGCUCAACCUGCGACAAGGAGGCCCCAAUUCGCGCUCAGGCUGUAUCUGCGCUCUCCCGGCUAAUAGGGAGCGAAGACAACGAUGAGUUGGAGGACGGGGAGAAGUCUAUCCUGGAAGUCCUGCUGGAGGUCAUGUCGACGGAUCCGUCACCAGAAGUUCGCCGCGCAGCUCUCAUGAAUGUCCCACUUACACCGACGACGCUUUCCGUGCUACUGGACAGGACGAGGGAUGUCGACGCGGUGACGCGUAAACUGGUAUACUCGGGUGUGUUCACGCCAAGGCUUGAGAAUCCCCGGAUGCUAUCGAUUGGUCAGCGAGAGACACUCGUGCGCGCCGGACUCGGAGAUCGGGAGCCUGCAGUAAGGCUCGCCGCGGGGAAGAUGGUCGGACAUUGGUAUGAUGGGGUUUUGACGGAUCCCUCUACCAAGGAUGAUGGAUGGAAUGGGGACGACGGCGGAGUGAUGCGAGCUCUUGUAUCGCUCCUGGGCCUCUUCGACGUUGUUGGCCCUGGUGAAGCGAUCGCUGUUGACGCGCUUGCCAGUCUGUUCACAACACGGCCCGAAUUGUAUACUGUGUUUGUUUUCGAGGACUCGUACUGGCAAAAUCUGACCCCUGAAUCAGCCAUCCUGGCGCGUGUAUUUCAUGAACGUUGCCUUGCUGAGAAGCGCGAUUCCCUUCUGGAGGAUGCGGGUCUGCCCGUGGUGACCGCGUUUGCAUUCCACAUACAAGAAGGAUAUAACCAGCUUCUGAGUGCCUUGGAGGCUGCUGAGGUGGCACGUGCACUAGGCACCGGUGAUGACGAUGAAGACAGUGGCGCGGAGGAGGAAGAGAUGGCCAUUCGUGAAGCAGUGCUCGGGGAUUUGCUUCGGAUGGCAGUCAAGCUGGAUUAUAUGGAUGAAAUUGGGAGGAGGAAGGUUUAUACUGUAUCCCGCGACAUGCUCGCUCACGCCCAACUGCCACCCGGCCUUAUUCCAUUAUGCCAAGACGUGAUGAAAGAAAUCUUGCCCACAGAGCGGGAGCUCAUCCGUGUGAAUGUGGAGAUUAUCAUGGAUUUGCUAGAGCCCGAACAGGAGGAGCAGGAUGUCAACGAUAACGACACUACUACAUCCGAUGCAACGUUUCGUAAGGAGCGCUCUCUCCGGCGUGCCAAAACGCGCGAAGACAUGUCUCCUGAUGAAGCGAUGAGUGCGGACUUGACGGAUCUGAGGUGUUUGGAAAUAUGCAUCAGUAUGCUUGAAAGAAACUUUGAAGACAACUCCACCUUGGAGGGAAUUCUCGCAGAUUUGAUCAUUCCCGCUGUGAGGAGAAAAGAAGUCGGGAUCCGCGAAAAGGGAGUGGUCAGUCUCGGGCUGUGUUGUCUUAUUGCCAAGGCAUGUUAUCAUAAUAUCGCCGUAAAGUCACUUCAAUUGUUCCUAUCACAAAUUCAGGGUGCACCACCACAGCUCAAGCUCAAGCUGCUCCAAAUUGUAUUUGACUUGAUGGUGUUGUAUGAUCAACAGUUGUGGGGGCGACCCGAAGAUGGGCAAGCAAUUCUGGGCUUCCUGUGCAAUCUGCUGCAAGUCGAGGAGUCGGACGAGGUACAAGCUGUGCUUUGUGUGGGACUAGCCAAAUUGUUGUUGGCUGGUCUGGUGAGUGACGAAGGGGUGAUCAAGACGCUCCUUGUUGCCUAUGUCUCACCGUACACUACGGGCAACACAGAGCUGCGACAGUGCCUGUCUUAUUUCUUUUCGGUGUAUUGUUACUCAGCGCCCGAAAACCAGCGCAGGGUUCAGAAGACGUUCAUGGCGGCGUUCGACGCUGUGGUCAAGAUGCAUGACGAGCUUGACGAUGAGCAGACGAUGGUCACGCCUCAGCAGUUUGGAGAACUUGUCAUUGAUUGGUUGGAUGCUGGCAAGGUCGCAGAAGUCAACAAAACUGCUGCAGCAGGGUACGCGCAAUCGGAGCUGGCAGCCGACAUUCUCGAAGCCCUGUAUGACGAGGAGCGAAGGGAAGAAGAUCAACAAGCCUUGUGCACCUUCUUAGCGUAUUUGCACCCCGAGCAAGAAGCCCCAUUGACGCCAAGAUUGUUGGUGAAGCUGAGUGCUUUGCUGCAGCACGUCCAAACCCAGUGCGACCCAUCGCUGGCCAAAGCUGUGGCCAAAUUCAGUGUACGGUUCAACAAGGAAUUCGGCGAUGCUGUGGCUAGCGUUGACUGGGCUGAAUACGGGACGGAUGAGAUGAAGAAGCUGUAUGACUGGAUGAAUGUCGAUGUCCCUGACUAUGGCCAAAGGGGUGUGGAAAAGAAGAAGUCAUCUCGCACCAAGAAACCCAAGCCAGAUGACGAAGAGGAGGAACAAGCAGAAGAUGAAGAAGUCAGCGAGUCGCCGGAAGAGGCGCCAGUGGAUGCAGACCUGUCAGAGCAGGAAGAGGCCAAGCCCGCAGAUGAGGAAGAUGCUAUCCCAGACGAAAGUAAUAUCGAAGAUGGCGUCGGUUCCGAACUGGAGCCGGACACUGAACCAGAGCAGGAGCAGGAGCAGGAGCAGGAGGAAGAUCCAGAGCCGGAACCCGAGCCGGAACCCGAGCCAGCCCCCAAAACCAAGGGGAAAGGGAAGGGCAAAGCAUCAGCUAAAGUCAAGGCCCAAGCCGAAGCAGCUGAAGAGGUGAAGCCCAAAUCCAGAGGUCGAGGCUCGAGGAGCAAGGUUACCGAAGAAGUCGAAAAAGAAUCUUCAUCUGUGAAGAAGAGGAGUAGUCGAGCGCGUGUGAGUCAGCCAGCUGAGGAACAAAUAGAAGAGCAGGAAGAGGCAGCGGCCCCCCGGAAAGGGAGAUCUCGUUCGACAAAGGCUAUUGAGGAGCGAAAGCUGGCCCCGAAAGAGAAGAAACUCCGGGGGAGCAUUGCCUCCCAAGCCGAUGCUGAAGAAUCUUCUGCACCGAGGAAAAGCAGUCGAAAGAGGGCUCGAACGCCAGAUCUGAAACCCGAGUCUACUGGAAAGAGGAGGAAGUCGCAGAAGGACUCUGAGCCAGAGCCAGCUGUAGCAAGUAAGGGCAAGAGGGCGAGUUCUCGACGGAAACCGCCGGCUGAUGGCUCGGAGGACGAGCUCGGUGCGUAUGACGAGACUUGAGGGUGAAGAAGACGAGUGAUGGAUGGAUCUAUGUGUAUUUACGCGAGAACUGCCAUGUACCAACGUAUAUUAUGUUUACUUUAGAGAUUUGUUGUUGUAAAUGCACACUGAACUUGACCAGCAGUUGCCUCGUCAGUGUCGUUUCAUAUGAUAUUCCAUAAGGCCCUCGAUAUGGCGCGAUGGCCGAGUGGUUAAGGCGACAGAUUAGAAUGUUCUAUCCAUCUGUUUCGGUUUCCGAGCGCAGGU